AUGGCCUCUUUCAACACUCAAGUGCUGUUCAUUCCCUACCGAGGCAAUUCAGUGGGCAAGAAGGACAAGGAUCCUGGAACCGUUUCUCAGCAGAAACAUGCUGCUCGAGAAUAUCAUCGAAAAGCUAAGCUGAAGAAACAGUCGCAGCGAGCAAAGGACAACAAGUCUCUCGACAAUGGCCGUGGGGAGACUUCUACCGACGAUGGCCAAAUUCUGGGCUCCUCGUCUGAGCGCUCUGUCUCGCCAGGAUCAACGGAAGGUUCAUCGCAUAUCUCCUCACAUACCGAACUGCUCAACUCGGGACAAUGCACACGAACACCAUCGCCAUUGACAUGUCUGGGAGCCGGCAGGGUCGACCCGUUCGAUACAAAGCCAGUCAAGGAUCUUACGCCUCACGUCCACCACAUGGUAGACUAUGCUCUUACCUACCAAUGGCCGAUCUUCAGCUUCGUCAACCCCGGAUUGACAGUCGAGAAGAUGAAGGAGGCAGUCAGCGUGCGCCUCAACGCAUCGCAAGCAUCGUUUUACACUGUCAUCUACGCCGCCGCGACACACUAUGCCCUCUCUCGAGUAGGCGAGCAAGCCUCCGCCCUCAACCAAGUUUUACGGCUAAACUACAAAGACCGAGCCUUGAAGAUGCUGCGCGAAAGCCUGAUUGAGGCAGCCGCGACCGACGACAUGCCGUUGCCGAUUUUACAAGCUAUGUUUGCGUUGACAUCAUAUGGAAGCGGUACGACCGAGCACAUCGCGCCCAUGAAAAGUCGAGACAUGAAGAAUCCUCUAGCUGUCUCCUUCGACCUCGACGUCUAUAGCCGGAUCCCGCCCGAAAUGGCGCAUGUGCAGGCAAUGUACCACUUGAUCGAACAACGGGGCGGUUUGCGAUCCCUCUCCCGGCCUGGCUUCGCCCAGGUCAUUGCUUUAAACGACACGUUCAUCAACUUCCGUGUCCUGCAACCCCCAACCUUCAACCUCCUCAAACCCAUCUCGCACUACUUCGCCACCUUCUCCGUCGACCCGUCCACGAUCUGCCUCAUGUGCCGACCCCUACAACUUCUCCUCCCUAAAAUCCCCUCCUCACCACUCCUCGACCCCUUAAUCGACCUCUGCCACAAAGUCCUGCUCGUCACCCUCGCCUACGAGCAGUAUCAGCGCUUCGACCCACAGGCCACCUCGCUGCACAACAUCCUCAUGGCGCGGCAUUCCGUGCUGCAUGAUUUGUUGGUGUUGGGGGACUAUAACUCAGCGACCACGACUGUGCCUAAAGCAUGCUCGAUAGCGCGCGCGAAGUUGCAGUCUCAAAACUCAACAACAAAAGUCCCACGUGAGCCAACAAUCUACGCCCUGACCUACCUCAGCACAAUGUCCUACCUCGCCCUUGACCUCUAUCCGUGGCAUGACCGCAGUCCGGGGCCGCACGCCGAGCUGGCGAGGAGGCUGAGUAAGGCGAUCAAGGAUGCGAUACAGCUCAAGUUGGUGCAGGGAAGCGAGGGGAAGCGGUAUACGGUGUUGUUCGAGUGGGCGAAUGAAUUGUUGGCGCGCUUAAUCGUUCCGCUCGCUGAAUGA